GCACCAAGAUGGCCGACCAACAGCUACUCGACAUAACCACCAAGCAGCGCACAAGUGAGUCUGGCUGUUACCUCGUGGCGGAGAACUGCUGCGGCUCCCUCACCAAGCCAUACGCCCAACAGGUGACAUCCAUACUAAAGGCGGAGGUGAGUGCGGAGAUAGAGGGAGCGGGGGAAGAACAAGACCUCCCUGGGCACUCUUUCUCAGGCAACGAUGCUGGCACACAUAAUGGGCCCACCUGGGCUGAAGACCGCCGAGGAUGGAAUCCCAGAGCACCGACCGCCUAUGCUGGAAAUACGACGCCACAAGCGGCGAUCAACAACCAGGACCCACAGCAGCCACCCACAGGGGAAGAACUCUGCCUCCCACGUGAGUUGCAGGCCUUCACGCAAGCCCGUGGCUACAGGGAGGACUUGACAAGACCCUGCCCCGCGUCCCCGCGCACCUGA